AUGGCUCACCUGGGGCGCGUCAUGCGACGGCUUGAGUCCUUUCGAAAACUCGAUACCAUGCAUACUGACUCCUCGUCUACCACGACAGAAGCGCCACAGGUCAAUCUCCCCCAUGUGGACACACAGCUAAACAUGCACCUCAAUGGCUUUUUUGAAGACUCUGUUGAUGGGGUAAUGGGGGUUGAGAAUGGAGCUGAUCACAGUCUGACGGAUUCUACCAAUUCACCGCCCCAACCUUCCAAUCCCUCCGAAAGCUCAAACUUCACCCCCGAAGCCCCUACAGAAUGGUCCGCCGUUGGCCACGCCGCUACCGGCAAAUCCGGACGUGUCAUCCAUAAUUUACAAGAAGAGAUCGCGCGCCUAACCCGCGAGUGCAGCCUCUACCGCUCCCGCGCCGAAGAAACCCAGCGCUCGAACGAAGCCCUCAAGAUCCAAGCCCAAAACAUGAACGAGCGCCUCCGGAACUUAGAACAAGUCAACGAGACAAAUUUAAACUCCAUCGCCCGGAAAGACCGCAAAAUCGAAGACCUCCGCGCCGAGCACGCGGGCGAGCGAAACAAGCGACAAGACGCCGAAGAAAACGCUAGCCGGACGAACGAGACCAUGCGGGAAGAGCGUGAGAAUCACCACCGGGAGCAAGCGCGGACACAGGAGAUAGCCAAGUACCACGAGACACAGUACGAGGUUUUAUCUAGUAUGACGAAGCGGGAUAAAGCCGAGCUCACCCGAAGGGUACAAGCGCUAUGGACCGAAUUGCAGGCAAUAGCGGAGGCGCAAAAGACUCAGGUGGUGUGUGCGGAGCGGCUCGAUGUCCUUGCCGAUCAAAAGAACCGGGAAAUUGAGGGAUUGAAGGAGGUGCAUGAGAAGUUGUUGGAGAAUCAUACAGAAUACAAAAAGAUGAAGGAUGAAGAGCUACGGGGGAUAAUUGAGCGGGCUCAUGCCAACAAUGCUGAGAUUGAUGCUGCUAUAAAGUCCCUGAAGCAGACAGAAUCAGAGAUGAAGUGGGCUAUUCAAUUGAAUAAAAACCAGGUUCAUAAUUGA